AUGGCCGCUGUGGAUAUCGAAACUCGCAAACCGGAUGCGGAAUCUUCACCACUACUGCAAAGCCUAGUGGUCGAUGACCUUGUCGAAGGAGUCGCCGGAGUCGUCUUACAGGACCCGCAACCAGACACAGAUGACAAAAUAGACACUCCACCACGGCCACUUAGGGUUUACACUCGCUCGCAGGUUCUGUAUCUGCACAAAUCUCCUUUGGUUAAACCCCCGGAUGGCAUGCCUCCCUUGAAGGACUGGUUCGGAGAUUGGAAUGAGCAACAACUUACGACGAAGAAAGAUUCAGAAAACACCAAUGGCGCGACAAAUGCUAGAGAUAGACGCUUUCGACGGGACCCGGAAGAUACAGAUGCUCCAACCAGACCCACAUUCCGCACUGCGCUAACCCAGCCUUCACAAAUGGGCAACUUUCGGCAUCAAUCACUCCGUACGACCGAGCGUGACAAGGAUAAAGACUCGGAAAAGGAGCGGGAGCGGGACCUUAGGGACAAGGAAGGUCAGGAAAGACUGCGGAACCUUUCUGACAAAUAUGAUCGCGACCGCGGACUUGCUGCCACUAACUUGCGCAACAAAGAGAGAGACUCAGCUCCGCAUUUGAAUUCUGCGACAUCAAGGCUUGGGCAGCCACAAGGAUCUGUCGCUGCCCGCCGUGCUGAGGUAAGGGAUACACCUAAAAGAAAGCUUGGAGAAAGCAGCGAGGACUGGAGGAGAGGACCUGAUACGUCACGCACCACCAGAGACGACAGACCUGACAAUUCUCGAAGAGACCGUGAAAACCGUGAUCGGCCUCGUUCUCGGGUACGUGAAUCUUCCAGACCUAGACGCGAACCUUCUGCGGGUCGACGAGACCGGGACCGCGACGAACGGGACAGAGGUCGUGAUCGCCGUGGUGAUGGCGAUCGUGACAAGGACAAGGAUGACUAUCCUCGGCGUGAUCGCGACGACUAUUCCCGCCGGGAUUGGGAUGACUUCCACAAUCGUGACAGAGAUCGGGACGACCAUAUCCAGCGAGACAAUCGAGACAGGUAUGAUCACCCUCGUCAGAGAGACAUCGACCGGGACCGAGACCUGGACGAUGACCCAAGACGAUGGAGGGAUGAUGGCAGACGAGACGAGAGGGUGGCCACUAGACGGGAGCGCGAAAGGUGGGAUAGACAUGACGAGCGUGACAGGGAACGUCCUGCUGCAGGUGACGACCGUGAUACUCGCCCUAAGCGCGGGCCACGCGAGCGAAGAGGAGGUGCCGCUGACGACGGCAAGGAGAAAGACGAACGCAGAGAACGGGACAGGGACAGAGAAGCAGAGCCAGCAUGGAUGGAGACGUAUAUUCCAAGCACUUCAGGUGGAGGCAUACUCGGAGGUAAACCUGUGGAUGGCGAACUGGAUGGCAUCCAAGCCUGGAAGAAGGGGAUGAAGGAGAAAGAGCGCAAGGAGAAGGAACUCCAGUCUAAUGCCGACACAACGACGCACAAGACCGUGACGGAUCCAUCUGGCGAUUCCACUCCUCCUAUUUCCAAUCCCAUCGAAAAUCAGCUUGACGAAAUCCAACUCUUUAAGUUGAUGAUGAAAAGGGAGGCGGAGAAAAAGGAAGAUAAACCAACAGUCACACAGAAUAACUCCAAUUCACCAGGAGGUGCUUUUAACGCUAACCAAGAACCGUCAACGGUUUCGAACGAUACUGCCAGUACUCCUCGCACAUUGGAAGAGUCUGUUAAACAAGCGGCCAUCGUGACAGGGAGCAUCCAUCACUCUUCUCAGCCGGAUAAAUCAGACGUAUCCCCCUCAGAAGGGUCGCAGUCAUUAUUAUCCGCCUUGAUUUCCUCUGCAUCAAAUGAGUCGUCCCUGCGUGUUCCCAAGCCAUCCACCCCGUCCUUAGAUUUGGACAGGUCUAGGGUUCUACAGUCCCGUGUCGUAGCAAUGUCCUCUUCUACGUCAUCACCGUCUACCGCUCAAUACACAGACAUUCCACCAGUGGGUUUGUCGUCCUCGAAUGCACCCACCACUUUCAAUCCUCCACCUGGGUCUCGUCUCCUCGCAUUCGGUUCUCGUGUAUCAGCUGCUUCACCCGUCAACCCCGACUUCCUCCCGUCGAAGAGUCUCUCAACUCUUGACCCUAUUGCCCAAUUCGCUCCUCCAGGUGUUCCUCCUCUUGCUGCGCAGAAGGCAACGAACGUUUCUUCACUCGCUUCCGUAAAUCCUUUACUCGCUGGCACAAUGCACAGCGCGCCCGACGCUUUGUCCGCUGUGGGAUCUGAAGGACCUCUUGGCGCUAGACUAGCACCCUCCGAGUCGUCACAAGUCAUUAGGAGUUACUCGCCGCACGGUAAUUUAUCUCAAGCAUCUCAUCAGUUUGAAGAUUUGCACGAUAUACCACCUGCCGCUGGGCAGAUAAAUGACACCCUUCGUCGUGCUUCGAUUAUGUCAGAACGAGCGACAUAUGGCAUUUCCGAGAGCGGAACUCCAUUUGUCGAUUUGGGAGGUGGCCCACCUGUUGCAGCCAACAUUCAAAGCGGGAGCCGAUUUGCUAAAUUUUUCGAUUCCAAGACCAGAGAGGCACAAAGCAUUCCUGCCAGGAAGGUACAGCCUGGAGCAGGCUUUGCCUCCUCUUCAUCUCAUCUGGGUACGAGAAUGGAGCAGAUGCACCUCAAUGAUACGUUAGGCAACGGUGGCGAAUCAAGAACUAUGGAAGACAUUUUCGCCAUGCUGCAGAACUCCUCCCAGGGUCAUCGUGUUUCACCGCAGAUACCUCCUCCCGGCCGACUUGCCUCCGGAAGCCCCUUUGGGCAAGGUCACGCAGAGCUACAUGCUCUCCAGCAGCAAAUCCACCCACAGCAGCAUUUCCCGUCUAACAAUCACCUAGACUCACUGUACGACAGCCGCUUUGAUGACAGGAACUUUGUUCCGGAUGGAAUGGUUCCUGGUCUUCGACCGGCCGUCCCGCGGUCCCGAAGCAGGGAGCCUACUGGAGUCCUCUUCAACGAGCAGCUUGACGACCCGUUACACUUCAACAUGCAGCGUCUCCCUCCCCAGCGACACGUUGAUCAGAUGUAUUCCGGUCCUGUACCCUCGUUGUACUCUCAGCAAGCAGGAAUGCUGCGCAACGGUGGCAUGCCGCUUCAGCAGGCACAAUAUCGUGGCGGCCCGUCUCCACUUUCGAACCAAACCACUCUCCAGGGACCUUCGCAGCGGUUACCUCAAGGGCUCGCAAAUCUCGGUGGACGCCCGCCUCACGACCCAUCACAAUACCCGGGAGGACCUAUGGGUGUUGGACUGCAUGCUGGCUUGCAAGGCAGCUCGCCUGCGCAGCAGAUCUACAAUAACUUCACAGGAGGUGGUCUUGGGUACAAUGGCAAUCCACAGGUCCGCGGCCCUCCUGGUCCCCAGAGCACGCUUGGUGUGAACUCAAUGGCCGGGAUGGGUCUGCAGAACAAUAUGGAACUACGAACGCACACCCAAGCGCAGUUGCUGGGGAUGAAUGGAGGUGGUAUGGGUGGGGGAUUGAGAGGUUCGGGGUCAGGGUUUGGUCCCCAGCACGGACUUUCACAGAUACCAGCGUCGCACGUCUCCAUGCGCCAGCAACAACAGCAGCAGCAGCAUAUACCUCCUCACUUGGUGCCGCAUAUGCUACCUCUCCAUCUGCAACAGCAGCAAGGGCUGUCUGGGGGUAAUCCACAGGGCGCGCAGGACUUGAUGGCCCUCUUGAUGGGUGGUCACAGGGAAUGA